GCAGCGUACUAGGGAAGAACUCCCCCUCCCACGCCUCGUCCCCGUCCAGCCGCUCGCGCACCUCCUCAUACGCCCUAGCGACGUCCGCGCGCGCAACCAGCUUCUCGACAAACACGCCCCCGUCGCGCUUCAGCAGGUAGAGGAUAUCGUCGAGCGGGGCGUCGGCCGGCACGCGCUGCACUUCUGGGCCGUAGGCCUUGCUUGGGAGCGUGUGGAUCGCCAUGGCUGGAUAUCGCUUAAUGUUUUCGUUGGAGUAGGUUGCUGUGACGAUGCCUGGAGAGUCAUGCCUGCGCGUCACGGCGGCGCCUUAUUUAUACCUACCCACCGCCGAAGACGAGGUGGACGGACAUGCAGCCCUGCACGUGGCCAUGCCACUUUCUUCUGUAAGGCUGCGCCCGUUGCCCGCUUGGAGCGAAUCGCCGUCGUGGUUGAGGCGCGCUGCGGCGCGAUGGCGUCGAGGUGGGGUGGAGCGGCUGGGAGUGCUGCUGUUUUGGGCUUAGUGCUCCGUGUGCGCUGCUUAGCUUCGUUGCCGGAUUCGGUAGUGCAUCCAGCUGCAGUGCAGUGUUGGACCGUUGGUUGCCUGUUUGGACUCGGAAUACCGCACCUGUAAAGCUAUAGGGACGUACUUCUGUAACACUCUC